UUGGACCAUUGCCAGUCUCAACUCAACCUCUGCAAAACGCGUCCUUUUACCCUUUUUCUCUUCCUUUUCCUUUCCUUUCUUUUCUUUUCUUUUUUACCCCUCUUCUUCUACGUCGAGUAGUCGCCAAGGAGGAGGAGCGUAGUUAGCAGCAGAGCAGUUGUAUUCUUGUCAAAAGCAGGCACCAUCCAUCGGACAAAGAAACCUGCGAAAACAAAUGCAGACAGCACAGCAAUCCCCCCCCCCCUCCCCGCUGGGCGGCAUUAUUUAUUACGUGAAUGAAUGAUAAUUUGAUUGCUUGAUCCUGACGCCGCUGCAGAAACACUUGUGAGUGCUCCGAGUCCCCACAUAACAUUCUGCCCUGCGUUGUUUACUCCAAGCAACUCUCUCUGCUUCUCUGUCUGACGCCAGAGAAAAGGCAACUCGUGCAAGCGAAGCGACUCUUCCUUUAUAAACUAGUAAUUUUCCUAUUAAUAUCACAGAUCCACAGACACAAGAAAAAAGAACAAGGAUCACGUUCUGCAACCCCGAAUUAUAGUAGUAGUAUAAUAUAGUCGCCCAGGAUCAGGAUCAUGGCCACCACCUCUGCCAGUCUUCCCUCAAGCAAGUCUUGCGAUGCUAUAAAGCAAAUGGAGAUUGAGCCCCUGUGUUCUCCUACUGGUUCCACCUCUUCUACCCUCGACCACCUCCACCCCAGGCGGAGACCCAUAAAGAAGCCCUUGUCAGCGCCAGCGCGUCAACAAUCCUUUAGCCGUGAAAUGCGCCACGCCGCCGCCGAGACUUAUCUGCUCACCACCCUCAGCUUCAAGCUUCUUUCUUACCUCGGGGUGGGCUACCGGUGGAUCAUGAGACUCAUAGCUCUUGGGAUUUAUGCCAUGUUACUCAUGCCAGGAUUUCUCCAAGUUGUAUUUUAUUAUUACUUUUCAAGCCAAGUUCGUCGAAGUGUCAUUUAUGGAGAUCAACCAAGAAACAGGCUGGAUCUACAUCUGCCUCCAAGACAAGAUUGCAAAAAACCUGUUGUGAUAUUUGUGACUGGUGGAGCCUGGAUCAUAGGAUACAAAGCAUGGGGUUCUCUCCUAGGGCAGCAAUUAGCUGAAAGAGACAUCAUUGUUGCAUCCCUGGAUUAUAGAAAUUUUCCUCAGGGGACAAUCAGUGAUAUGGUUAAAGAUGUUUCUCAAGGAAUAGCUUUUGUUUGCAACAAUAUCAGUGGUUAUGGGGGUGAUCCAAACAGGAUUUAUCUAAUGGGCCAAUCAGCUGGUGCACAUAUAACUGCAUGUGCUCUUAUGGAUCAGGCAUUCAAAGAAUCUAGAGGAGAGGACGUUGCAUGGUCUGUCUCCCAGAUAAAAGCUUAUUUUGGCUUAUCAGGGGGGUACAAUCUACCCAACUUAGUUGAUCAUUUCCAUUCUCGAGGCCUGUACCGCUCCAUCUUUCUGAGUAUAAUGGAGGGGGAGCAAUCCUUGAAACAAUUUUCACCUGAAAUUCUUGUUCAGGUCUUGAGCUCAAAAGAUGUAGUCUCUAUACUGCCCCAGAUAUUCCUUUUUCAUGGCACUUCAGAUAGUUCCAUACCAUCAGAUGCAAGUAAAGCAUUUGUAGAUGCUCUUAAGAGAGUUGGGGCUCAGGCUGAGUUGAUUUUAUACGAUGGAAAAACGCAUACCGAUUUGUUUCUCCAGGAUCCUCUCAGAGGUGGUAAAGAUGAACUGUUUGACUAUGUGGUUGCCUUUAUACACGCCGAUGACACAGAAGCUCUUGCUAAGGAUGCUGCGGCACGUCCAAGGAGACGGCUUGUUCCUGAGAUUUUGUUGAAGUUGGCGCGCAUUGUCAGCCCCUUUUAAUCCUUCCAGCUGCAUUAUAUAGUAGACCUUCAUGUCUGCGUGACUGAGAAGAAAGUGGCUUCCUCCUCAAAUUUCUGUUGGAGUUGGCUCCCAUUCAAAGCCUUUAUUUUAAAAGGCUGCCUAGGACGAUGAUCAAUGAUUUCAUUUGUUAAUGUCCAUUUCUAGGUAUUGAUCAUUCGCUGAUAUUCUACUAUGCAUCUGCGUUCUUUAAAUUGUAUCUAUAGUAUAUCUUUUUUGUUUUUUUGUUUUUUUGGGCUUGACAUUGCGGUAUUCGGUAUGAACCGUCCAACAGAAACUGAAGGAGAAAUAUAUAUACAUUCAUUCUUGUAUGAACUUCAGAAGACUGCCCUUAUAAUGGAGAUUUACACUUGCAGAAUUGUUGUA